AUGUUUGUCCGCAGACGUUGGUGUAUGUCGUGUCUGUGGAGUACAGCCUCCGUGUUCCUGCACCGACUGGUCAUGGCGCCGCUGCCUCCAAUCGCUGCAGCCAAGCAGACAACGAAGCCGCGCCAAGCUGGAACUGAUCAUCUCCACCCAGAGCCGAAGGUGGAGUGUGUGGUGUUGCAUACACCCGAGUCCCCAACACUCGAUGUCAUCUUUGUUCAUGGGCUUUAUGGCUCCUUGGGCAACACGUGGCGUCAGGGUGACUGGAGAUCAAAGUACAAGCUGGACCCAACAAAAGUGCCUCUGAGGAACCACACGUCCAAUGCAUGCAACUGCAAAAGAAAUCAAGAAGAAGCCUACAACAACAUACACUUCACAUACGAAACCAACUUAAAUGAAACAGAAAUAAAUGAAACAGAUUCAUUUAAACAAUUCAACGGUUGCCUAAAAAAGAUCCUACCGCACGAAAACUCUUUAAUAACUGAAAAUUUUUACAACAAUACACUUUUAAAUUUGAAUAAGUGUGACGUGGGCUGUGGAUGCGUCUGUGAUGACUGUUACUCCUCGUGCUGGCCAAGAGACUGGAUUAAAGAAGACUUCCCAGGAGCCAGGGUCAUUUCUAUCAAUUAUACAAGUGACCCGUACCUUUGGAGACCGCUUUGGGUCAAAGGGAGCAAAAGACUUCGCCUGCACGAGAGAGCAGAACAAAUGAUAGAACAGUUACUAUAUCUAGGAGUGGGAAAGAGACCUAUCAUAUGGGUCGGACAUUCCAAGGGUGGACUAUUUAUUAAGCAAAUUUAUUGUCAAGCCUACGAAGCCUACAUAAAAACAAAUAAAAAUAUAAAUGAAAAAAUAAGAGAAGAAGACGUUGGCUGUGGGGUCAGUGAUAGAGAAUUUGAUGAUCAAGAAUUUAUCAACAUAAGUGUACACAAUGGCGAUGAAACUGAUGAUUUGGACACGAGCGAUGAUAGAAAUGAUACUGUUACACUGACUGUGUCUUCAGAUAAUAAAGAAGAUAUGCACGCUCUGGAGACCAGGUCAUCUCUAUGGCAGCGGAGCGCCGGCUUCAUGUUCUACUCGGUCCCUCACAGAGGGUCACCCCUUGCUGCUAUUAAGACUCCCAUCACCUCUAGGAGUGUUGAGCUCUUGGAGAUCAGCAAAGACUGUCAGUUGGUGCUGGAGCUGCAGGAUCGAUGGCUGGUGGCCACGCGCUCCUCACGUCCCGUCGUGAGGAGCCUUGUGGAGACCUGCCGGACCCUCAUGUCUGUGCUGUGGCUCAGGAUCGUCAGCGUCGACUCCGCAGAUGCUGGAGUGGGCUCCCUCCACGGCGUGUCCGUGGACCACCGGGAGAUCUGCAAACCUUCCAGCAGGAGCUGUCUGCUGUACACAGAGCUCACGGACACCAUACACGACGCGAUCAACCAGUGCCGGUGUCGGACGACUCCUUCCUAG